CGCAGUGACGUCAUGGGCUAAAUAUAGAUUCGUGCAAGUCUCUCACGGCAGCCUCGCUUGGGUACUCGCCCCAAGCUCUUUUGGGUGACAAGAUGGCUACCGCAGAAGAAAGUUCCCCAAGUGAGGAGGAACUUGCCAGGAGCUGUGUCACCAUUCAAGAGAUUUACGACUCAGAAGAUGCACAAGAAGAGUUUGAAGUCAAGCUUGAGAAUGCCCUGGAAUCUGGUAUUACAACGAUUAUUAUUGAGCCCACAAAACUAGGGGAGGAGACAGCCCGGUGGAUCCAAGUUGGCAAUUGUCUGCACAAAACAUCUGUUUUGACUGGUAUUGGUGCACUACUAAGCCCUGUGGUCAUGCCCGGAUCGUAUAAAACUCCAUCAAGUCUGGCAUUUGGAGGAGUUAGUGUUUUCUGUGCAUUAAUGUACGGGGUUUCCUGGCAGUUUGAUCCUUGCUGUAAAUACCAGAUUGAAUAUGACACUAAGAAACUUGCCCGCUUACCUGUAGGGACAACAACAUCACCAAUAGUACUUAUUAGAACUGAUGACAAGUAUAGAAAAAUACUCCACAAUGUGAUAGCUUCCUCAUCCGCUGCCUUCUGUGCCUGGAAAAUUUACGACUGGUACUUUAAGUGACCGGUAAUGGUGUGAAUAAGUAGUGUGAAAAAAAAAUAAUGGCAAUAAGCAAACUAAAGGAAGUGUUGGGAAGGGGCCCGAAUGCCCUAUACUGGAACAUUUAUGUGUGUGCUGUAAAUUACAUUGUUGCUUUUAAUGAUUUAUGAUUUUGAUAAAAUACGAAAAAGGUGAAA